UUGCCUGAUCUUGAACGUUCGAGCCUGCAAGACGUGAGUGAGGGUCCGAGUCCGCUUUUUAUUCGGGGGUCAACUAACAACAAGCAGGGGUGUUAUCAGGAAAUGGGGGCGGGGUGCUCCUACGUCACUUCCGGCUCAAGAAUAUACUAUUUAAUCCGCGCAUGGUGACGGCCAUGAACAUGUACUCGGUCCCCAGCCCGGGAAUACCCGGAUGUCCACCUGGGCUGGAAUAUCUGACGCAGGUGGAUCAGCUGCUCAUCAAACAGAAAGUGGAACUGGUUGAAGCUCUGGUGGGCUUCGAGAGCAACAACAAGUACGAGGUGCGUAACGCCAUGGGCCAGAACGUCUUCUACGCGGUGGAGGAGAACGACUGCCUGAGUCGCCAGUGCUGCGGCCCCAUGAGGCCCUUCUCCAUCCACGUCCUGGACAACCUGGGACAGGAAGUGAUCACCGUCACGCGGCCCCUCAAGUGCAUGUCCUGCUGCUUCCCCUGCUGCCUGCAAGAGCUGGAGGUGCAGGCCCCCCCGGGCAACACGGUGGGCUACGUGGCGCAGCAGUGGCACCCCAUCUCCCCCAAGUUCAUCGUCUCCAACGAGCACUCGGAGCCCGUCCUGAAGAUCCACGGGCCCUUCUGUGGGUGGAGCUGCCUUCCCGACGUGGACUUUGAGGUCCUGACCAUGGAUGAAGUCAGCAAGAUCGGGAAGAUCAGCAAACAGUGGACGGGUCUUCUAAGGGAAGUCUUCACUGACUCCGACAACUUUGGGAUCCAGUUUCCCAUGGACCUGGACGUGAGGAUGAAGGCCGUCAUGAUCGGGGCCUGUUUUCUCAUCGAUUUUAUGUUUUUUGAGACAACUAACUAAGAGAAGCUGCGUCAGGAGGAAGGAACAAGGCCAUGUCACAUUCACCUGUUGACGUUGUAGGAAAGUAUUGAGUGUUUGUUUUUAACGACUGCAUUUUGAUACCGUUUGUUACUUAUUUCUAGUCGGACCGGUGCAGAAAAGGCAGAGUCAGUAAGAUGUGCUAAGUUGUAUAACUUUUGUUUGUGAUGUUUUAUUUGAUCAAAGUGUUUAUUUAUAUGUGCUUUUAUUUGAACAAUGCGUUUAUUUAUAUGUGCUUUUAUUUGAACAAUGUGUUUAUUUGUAUGAGCAGGAAGUCAACAAUUCAAACGUACAUUCCAGUGUGGCCCACCAGAGGGCGCCAGCUUUUCGUCUAAGACAGGGGUGUCCAAACUUUUUCCACUGAGGGGCGCAGGCUUAAAAAACGAAGCAUUUUGAUAUUUUCAUUUUCAAAACCAUUACAAUAUAUUUUAUUAAACUUAAGGACUCCUCUAAAGUUUGGUCCGUCAUAAAAAUGGUAAAAAUAAGUAAUAUAUUAAUGUGUUUUCGUUUUUUUUUUUUUUUCAUUCAAAGCUUAAAUCUCUGGAUCAACGUUGGUCUAUAUGUCAAUUUAACAGUUUUUUUUUUUAAUGUUUCAAGCUCUUUCAAUCAAAACCCUUUUUUUAUGGCAAAAACACAAAAUAUGCAAUUUUUCCCUAAAAAAGUUUUCGAGGUGGAAUAUUUGAUGUGAAGUAAUUGGAGCCUUCGAUAGGUCAAUAAUUCAAAACAAUAUCGAUUUUAAUUAUUUAUUAUUUUUCGAGCAA